AUGGGAUCAGAAACACCAACCAAGCUUCCUCUCAUUGAUUUCUCAAAGAUUUAUCUGAACGAAUUAACGCCAGAUGACUGGAAUUCAAUCAAAACCCAAGUUCAUGAAGCACUCACUGAGUAUGGUUUCUUCCGAGCAUCCAUGGCCGGAAUGUCGUCAGAGUUUCAGAGUUCAUUGUUCAGUUCAUUGGACCAGCUUUUCAGUCUCCCUUCAGAAACCAAACUCAAAAGCAUCUCCGAUAAACCCUUCCAUGGCUACAUCGGUCACUCUCCCACCAUGCCACUCUAUGAAAGCAUGGCCAUCCCUGAUGCUCAGGUGGCAGGAGAAGUUGAAGCCUUCACCAACUUCUUCUGGCCCCAUGGCAAAUUAUAUAUUUGGGGUCUCCAUCACAAAAUUCCAUUUUUAUCUACUGGUUGCAUUGAGGCUGAUAUGAUUGUUUUAUUUGUUUUUCUUUGCAGUGAAAGUGUUAGGAAUAUCUCCGAUAAGUUAUAUUGGUUGGAUCGGAUGAUUAGGAAAAUGAUUAUGGAGAGUUUGAGGCUCGAAAAACACAUGGAUGAUCAUAUGGAUAACACGAAACACCUUCUUCGGGUAGCAAAAUAUCAAGGGCCCGACACACAAGAAUCCAUCAUGGGACUUGUUUCACAUAUUGACAAGACAACACUAUCCAUUUUGUACCAAAACGAAGUAGCAGGGUUAGAGCUCGAGUCCAAAGGUGGAGAAUGGAUCAGAGUUGAGCAGUCGAUAGAUUCUUUUACAGUUUUUGUGGGAGAGGUUUUCCAUGCUUGGUCGAAUGGUCUGCUACAUGCUCCGUAUCAUCGUGUGAUGAUGACGGGGAAUGAAGCUCGUUAUUCGCUUGGACUAUUUUCAGUCCCCAAGCCUGGCUAUAUAACAAAAGUUCCAGAUGAAUUGGUGGAUGAAGAGCACCCAUUAUUGUUCAACCCCUUCGACUAUGACGAGUUCCUUAAGCAUUUAUUCACGGGAAAGAUUGGUGCAAACGAAGAUGCUCUCGAUGCUUAUUGUGGCGUAAAAGAGUCCGAACUAACGACAUAUUCUAAAUCUGAAAGUAAGUAGGCUGCAUUGUAAAAAUUUAUUCGUAAUUAAUUGUUGCAUUUUUCA